AGUCCACGCCCACUCCUGCGGUAGGGCUGGGACAAGUCAAUGGAGGGGCGAGGAAAACCACAAGGCAAAGCGAUGAAGAUUUCCGAAGGGGUUACACCGUCUGUGCUUAGUGGGUCUUGAACGGAGUCAUCUACAUGACCAGAGACGCCACACCAGCAUCGAAAGACGCAAACGCAGCAACCAUGCAAUUCAAAUACAGACGAAUUUGAGCAACCAAUCGUUCUUCAAGGUUACAUCGCCUGAACGCGCACCGCAUCCUUCUUGUCUGAGACCAGCCGGCUGACCCGUUGUCAUCCGUCACGACAAUGUCCGUGGAAGAUCAGGGCUACCCCGACCCUUUGCUUUUGCUCCAGGCCGGUCCGGAAUGGAUGCGGGCCGAGAUCCAGCGCCUGUCCCGGGAACUGAGCGAAACCACCAACGAGAAGAUCCAGGCGGCUGAGUACGGGCUGGUGGUACUGGAGGAGAAACAGCAGCUCAAACAGCAGUACGACGAGCUAGAGAUUGAAUAUGAGGGCGUAAGGCAGGAGCUCGACUUGCUGAAAGAGGCUUUUGGACAAGCCUACUCCAACCACCGGAAAGUGGCAGCGGAUGGGGAGAGCCGAGAGGAGUCUCUCAUCCAGGAGUCGGCCUGUAAGGAGGCCUACUACGAGCAGAGGGUCCUUGAACUGCAGAAUGAGCUCCGGCAAACUCGCAACAUGCUUACCAAUAUGCAGUCUGAGAAUGAACGCCUGAGCACAAUCACCCAGGAGAUAAGAGAGAACAGCCAGACGGUGGAGCUCCAGAGGAAUCAAUUGCGUGAUGACAUCAAGGAGUACAAGUUCCGGGAGGCUCGUCUGCUGCAGGACUACACCGAGCUGGAGGAGGAAAACAUCUCGUUGCAGAAGCAGGUCUCAGGGCUCAAGCAGAGCCAGGUUGAGUUUGAAGGCUUGAAGCAUGAAAUCCGUCGUUUGGAGGAGGAUAUGCAGUUUCUGAACAGCCAGUUGGAGGAUGCCAUCCGCCUAAAAGAGAUUGCUGAGCGUCAGCUGGGUGAAGCCCUCGAGACCAUCAAGACUGAGCGUGAGCUGAAAACCUCUCUGAGGAAGGAGCUGUCCCACUACAUGAACAUUGGAGACACACUUUACAACAGCAUCUCUCUGGAUGGCCUCAAGUUCUCCGACGAUGCCACCACUGAACCCAACAACGACGAUGCUCUUCACGGUUACGAGAAUGGCUUCGGCAAGCUGCUCACCGACGACAACCGCAUGCCCAAGAAGGAAGAGUUGUUCAACCCAGCACCCAGUCUUGUGGACGACCUACUGAGCGAGUUGAACAUUUCUGAGAUCCAGAAGCUAAAGCAGCAACUGAUUCAGAUGGAGCGUGAGAAGGUCAACCUGCUGUCCACUCUGCAGGAUUCCCAGAAACAACUUGAGCAGGCCAAUGGCGCUCUCUCAGAGCACCAGGAGAAGGUGAACCGUCUGACAGAAAACCUUAACGCCAUCCGCAAGCUUCAGGCCAGCAAGGAGCGCCAGUCUGCCCUGGACAAUGAGAAAGAACGCGACAGCAAUGAAGAUGGAGACUACUACGAGGUGGACAUCAAUGGACCAGAGAUCCUGGAGUGCAAGUACAAGGUUGCCGUUUCAGAAGCUGGGGAGCUGAAAGAGGAGCUGAAGACCCUAAAGGCAGAAUACCAGGCCUGUCAGUCCCGUUAUGAUGAAGAGCGAACCCGUCUGGAGAACGAUGUCACUACACUCGGAGAGAAGCUGUCCACUCUGGAGAAGACAAGAGGUUUCGAGAAGGACGAGAAGGCCAAGCUGGAGAAAGAGUUGCGAAAGGUGAGUGACAUGGCAGGUGAAUCUCAGGGCAGCCUGAGUGUGGCUCAGGACGAGCUGGUCACGUUCAGCGAAGAACUGGCGACCCUCUACAACCACGUGUGCAUGUGCAACAAUGAGACCCCCAACCGCGUGAUGCUCGACUUCUACAAGGAGGGCAAGGCAGGUCGUAGCAGCCCCGAAGGCCGCGGCCGCCGCUCUCCCAUCCUGCUCACCAAGGGCCUCUUCCCAGAGCCUGUUAAGAUGGAGCUCAAUGAUAUCGCUCCAUCCGCGGGCCUGCCUUCUCCUGUGUCCGACCACCGCCGUGAGCCCAUGAACAUCUACAAUCUGGUGGCCAUCAUAAGGGACCAGAUCAAGCACCUGCAGCUGGCCGUGGACCGCACCACAGAGCUGUCGCGCCAGAGGGUGGCCUCCCUGGAGCUCGGCGCCGUGGCCGACAAGGACAAAGAGGCCUGCAUGGAGGAGAUCCUCAAACUGAAAUCCCUCCUCAGCACAAAGAGGGAACAGAUUGCUACUCUGAGGACUGUUCUGAAGGCUAACAAGCAGACUGCUGAAGUUGCUCUGGCCAACCUGAAGAGCAAGUACGAAAACGAGAAGGCGAUGGUGACUGAGACCAUGAUGAAAUUGAGGAAUGAGCUCAAAACCCUGAAGGAGGACGCGGCCACCUUUUCCUCCCUCCGAGCGAUGUUUGCCACACGUUGUGACGAAUAUGUCACUCAGUUGGAAGCCAUGCAGAGACAGCUGGCUGCAGCAGAGGAUGAAAAGAAGACCCUCAACUCCCUGCUGAGGAUGGCCAUCCAGCAGAAGUUGGCCCUGACGCAGCGCCUGGAAGACCUGGAGUUCGACCACGAGCAGACGCGGCGCACGGGCACCGGCAUGCGGUCAAAAACACGCGUCAAGGUUUCGCAAGGCGCUGUCAGCAACCCCAACGUAAGCCAGGGCCUCACCUGCGCCGGCUCCGGCCAACCCGAGUACGGCAACGCCAUGCCCAGCGGCCUCCUGGGAGGCCCCGCGGUCUUCUGCAGCGAGAAGUACAAGAUCUACUGCGAUUGAAGCGGUUGCCGAGUCAGCAAGAAACCGCUUUGUACAGACGGGAGGGGGUCUGAGAGCCAGACCUUCCCUGCCAUAGUGUUAAAGAGCCCCACUCGCUCGCUUUGCUCCCUGGUUGGCCCGUGCUCCUCUUGGGACUACCGUGUGAUUAACCAUCUGCUUGUGUGUGCUAGUGUCAAGGCUUGCCGAUGCACAGGUGUGUGUGUAUAGUGUGCACUAGACAAUUGGACCGUAGUAGACAAAACAAGGCAUUGUAAGAUCCCUGAUUAUGGUCAGGCGACGUUGUGGAUAUACGGGAGUGUCUAUUCUUUCCAUAGUCUCGGUGCUGUGCAUAGGAAGCACAAGGUGGCGUUUGUGCUUUGUGCUACAGUCUUCUGCCUCCUGAUUGUGUUUGUUGCCCGGCAACAGGAAACACAUCACGGAGAUGUGUUGAGCUGGAGGAUGUCCAAAGAUGGCAUCUGGCGGCACGGGUGCUCCUCGCAACGACGGAAGCUCAGCUGAGCAACGUUACGGUAAAUGUUUACAAGAUGAUUGAACACAAAAUAUGCAAUCUCACCCUGCAGUCUGACCGGGGCAAGGGUGCUGUUUGAAUUGAUAUAUGAAAAUCAGCAACUUUUCACAAUGGGAACUAAAAGGAGCACCUGUGACCGCCGCGGUUUUAUUAUUUUAGGAUUGCUUUCAAGUUCAAGCUGUGGCGCUAGUGCAGCAAUAUGGCUCACGCACAAUAGAAAUGCAUGGCUUUGCAGCCGUAUGAGCUUUUUAAGUGCUUUUUUUCUGUUGUCGAGGUACAUGAUCAACUCGUGUACUACAUUGUCAGUGAGGAGUUAUCUGUACGCUGAAAAGUAGAGGGGUCUCCUCACUAUGACCUAUUCAUGUUACAAAGGAUUUUUUCAGAGCCAUGCGAGGAGGGAGACUGGAUAUUUGACAAAUUGAUCUCCAAACCUAAAAUAAGUGCGCUUCAACAUAGGUGCCUCAGGUUCAACCUACUGGCAAAA